AUGGAAGAAUAUAUAAAUAAAACAAAGCUUGACAAGUACAUUACAAAAGAGGAUAUUCAACAACAUGAUCAAUCUAGAAUAAACAAAUGGUACAAUGAAAUCAUCGAUCACAAGACAGAUGUGAUUGACAAUCAAGAUUCACUAUACAACAUUACAGUACCAAAGUUGGGCGAUGGUGGUACAUGUAGUCUCAAACAUGAACAAGAAACAUUCAAUCUAGAGACUGUCAUUGGAAAGAGAUCUGAUCAACUUUCAAUCAUUAUUUCAAAGUUAUAUAAAAUUGUACAACAAAUUUCAAAUGAUACUGGAUCUGAUUGGUUUGGAAUUUACAAGACUUAUUCUGUUGAUAAUGAUAAAGCUCUUAUUAAAUUAGCAUAUCAAGGUGAAAUUUCAAGACCAAUAUUCCCAUUGACAGAUGAUUUUGCACUCAUUUCAAACAAUUCAACUGUUGGUAUGACAGGAACUGGAAGAAUCAUUACAUCACUCCAAGAAUAUGAUGGUCCCUAUUACAAUUGUUCGGAUAAGGUUAAAAGUGAACUAUGUAUUCCUAUAUUUAGUGCAACCAAUGCCAACCAAGUCAUUGGAAUCAUCGAUGCAGAAUCAUGGAAAGAUAAACAUUUCACACCAACUUUAAUCCUCGAUAUUGCUACUGUUGCCCUACUACUUUCAAAUACUCUUUCAUCAUUUUAG